AUGAAAUUUGAAGAGAAGUUACUGUCAUUUCAGGCACCAGAAUGGAAAUCAGACUAUCUCCCUUACAGGCUGCUGAAGGCCAUGCUGAAAAGGGCUAUCAACAAAAUACCUCCAUCGCCAUGUGAAACCAGCCUCGGAGAAUUUGCUUCCAUGCUCCGCUCUGCCCUUAAUGCAUUGCGGGUAUUCCUUGAUGCCCAGUUUGGCGCUUUUCAGGGCAAAGAGAAUAUGAUGCUCGAGCCUUAUAGACGAGCCCGUUUUGGAAUAGAAUCGCUGACCUCCAAGGAUAUUCACUUGAUAUACGGUGAACUUCUGGAAGACUACUCUAGAUUGCACUUGUUCAUUAGAUUCAACUACGAGGCUUCUAAGAGGAUAAAUUCGAAAGUUGAAAAGACCAAAAGAUUGCUCCAGACAGCGUUAUUUUGUGAAAUUAAUGCCAUCAUCGAGGAACAAAUCCUUUGUGAAAAGCAGUGUUUAAAGGAGAUCGAGAGAUUACAAACAUUGCUCGCCACCACGAGGCAAAGCGACGGUCUUCAAUCUGCUCGUUCUUUGAUACAUCUCUUCGAUGGCUAUCCUGGUGUCCGGUCAUAUCUCACUACUAUCGACAGUGAUAUCCUUGCUGACCAAGCUAUCAACCUGGGCGAUAUAUUUGAAAAACUAAGGACUACUCCAGGUAUUUCCAAGGGGCUCGUCGAGGAAAUUUUCAACACAUGUUUGACAAUGUCGCUCAUGUGCCAGUCUUGGUCAUGCACCAUAGCUUUAAUAGAGAGCAAUCCCGUGGAGGUGCGAUCCUUAGCCAGUAGUACCUGGUUGGGUGGUCUUUUAAUGGCUAUAUUCCCACCAUUUUCUCUGGGCCAAUCAUUACAUGGUGAAUGGGAUAGUAAAAUAAAUGAGAGCUAUGAGCGCCAAAAUUUAUGCAUGGAGCUAUUUAAUCCUAUACUUGGACAUGCUGGGGCAAGUGCCAAACACCUUUUGAUGACCCCAGAUAUUGCUGGAGGGAUUCCUCUACAUUACAGCGCGCAGCUUGGACUCCCAGUGAUUUGCGAUUUUAUUUUAAAAUACCUGGAGCGCCUAGGUAUAUCGCCCAAAUCAGCCAUACUGGCUACAAAUACCACCGGUAUAACGCCGCUACAAUGGUCUGUUACGCGAGGGCAUGUCCAGGUCACACGCAUAUUCCUCGAUAUUUUAUAUGCAGGGAGAGAUGAGGCUAUUAGUGAAACGCUUUGUAACCUGCUAACUAUAGCUAUCGAAUGCCAAAAUGACGAGCUAGUGCAGCUUUUGGCUUCCAGGUGUAGUGGGAUCAGUCACGCCUCCAGAAAUGGAGAAACUUGCUUGUAUGUCGCCUCUAGAAUUGGCCGGAGGGACUACGUUGAUACCCUUUUGGAGGUUGCCUCUCAUAAAAUUAUAAAUAUAGGCCUUGACACCCAAAAAGCGGCUUAUGGGUGGACACCAUUAACUAUAGCUAGUGCACAAGGACACCUCCCUAUAGUUGAAGCACUCAUUCGCGCUGGUGCAGAUGAGUUAUUGUCUGACCAUCAAGGUUGGACAGCAAAGGAUCAUGCCGCGUUUAGAGGACAUUUCGCAGUUGCUAAUAAACUGGAGACGAACAAAUAUGCAAGACCAACAGUCCAAAGGUCUUUUGCAGCAACACCACCUCAUAACCUUCUAGAUAACACAACGUAUCUUAUAGUUAAUCUAGGCACAGUGCAAAAAGGGAGAGAAGUCAAACCCCUUGACUUGAGGCAUGAUUCAAAAGCUUCAGGUCAAAAGCUACUGGAAAGUGCUCUGACUCUUGAAAUUUCAACCUCCAAAGGUACAGCUCAUACUCUUAGAGUGCCCAUUUUAAGCGAUUUGAUUGACGAUACAAUGGUUUUCCCUAUUGAAAACCCAUUGGAAGCUCGCCUGGUAUUUAGACUGCUCAAAAAUACUUCAAAUUCUAACCCAGGCCAUAUACUCAUUGGUAGUGGCAUGGCACUUUUACCAAAAUCAAAGGAUUCAUAUGUUUCCUACCAUAAGAGUCUAAUUAGAGAAAGCACAGUGCCGAUUUUGGAGAAGGAAACCAUGGAGUUAUUAGGAACUGUUACAUUUACUUCAUUUACGGCCACUCCUUUCUCGGGUUUAAAUAUCCGUUCCCCUAGUUUUGAGUAUGUGGAGAAGAUUGGAUCAAUGCAGCUGAUCGGACAUAGAGGCUCGGGUCAGAACACCGCAGACCGCCGCUACCUCCAACUAGGGGAGAACACUAUUCAAUCCUUCAUGUCUGCCGCUAAUUUGGGAGCAUCUCAUGUCGAGUUUGAUGUACAGUUGACGAGAGACCUUGUACCGGUUUUGUACCAUGACCUAUCUCUAAGCGAGUCUGGCACUGAUAUAGCAAUUCACGACUUGACAUUGAAACAAUUUAUUCAUGCUAGCGAUAUGCAACUAUCAUCAAGAAAUGACUCUAGUGAUUCUGGAUCACGCUCGCGAUCCUUGUCUCGUAGCCGACGGGACGCGGAUAACGAAGCCAGAUUAAGAAUGAAGCAUACCCUAUACUUUUCCAGUAACGGGUAUAAACCAAAUACUCGCGGUGACUUCAUUCAAACGCCCCUUGCAACAUUAGAAGAGGCAUUGCUUAAUGUUCCUGAAGAGGUCGGGUUUGAUAUAGAGCUAAAAUACCCCCGUAUUCACGAAGCAUUUGCAAUUGAGAUGGCACCCAUGGCCAUAGAGCUAAACACUUUCGUCGAUACGAUACUUACCUUGAUAUCUCGCUUUGCUGGCUCUCGCCAUAUAAUACUCUCUUCCUUCACCCCUGAAAUUUGCAUUCUACUCGCAACCAAGCAAAAGGCAUACCCUAUUUUCUUUAUCACAAAUGCAGGGAAAUUGCCAGUAGCAGAUCGAGAAGAGCGAGCCGGGAGCGUGCAAGUUGCUGUCCACUUCGCAAAUCAAUGGGGCCUAGCUGGAAUUGUUUUCGCGUCUGACGUGAUGGUGAUGUGCCCACAGCUCGUAAGCUAUGUCAAAGAUAACGGCCUGAUUUGCGCUACUUACGGCCCAUUGAAUAAUAUCCCGGAGAGCGUGGAGGUACAAGCCAAAGCUGGAGUCGAUCUGCUGGUUGCAGACAGGGUUGCACUAGUAUCGAAGGCCCUGAAAGCUUUAGGAUAG